UAUUAUUUAAUAUAUUAUGAAUGUCUGGUUUACGUCAUUCUGUCCGACGCGCUAAACCGGAAAGAGAAAAGGGGGGUUUGAUGUUGCUGGGAUACGGGAGGGAGCCAAACAGGAAAUGAUCCAGCUUCAUUGAACGAGCAGUUUCUGCAGUUUGAUCAAUUUCUUAUUCGGCAAAAGAAAAAGAAAAUGGAUCCGAAAACUAAGGUACCACAGGCCCUGAAAGCUAAAGUGAUGCUAUGGUCAGAUGUAAGCUACCAUGGCAUGGAGGAGAUCGGCAAAAUGCAGUCCAUUCCUGAUCUGGAGAGUGCUUUAUGCAGCAUGUUUGAAGUCCACCUCCCUGAACCAAAAAGAGGAGUUCUGCUGGAGAUGUAUGUCCAGACUGUGUAUUUUUGCAGAGAGUGCAACUUUAAAAAGGAACAAACCUCAGCUCUCUUGUCCAUCCUCAAAUCCAUCCACAAGGCCAACGUAGAAACUCCACUUAACAACAUAGAACAGUGUUCCAAAUACUGCAAAGAUCUACUCCUCUGUCACUCAGUCAGGCGCCCCCCCUUUAGUAUCAACCUCUUCAGCUUUGAGGAGGUGGGAUGUAUAUUAAAUUACAUCCAUAACAGCUAUCUGAGACACUACAAACUCUAUAAAUAUAUUUUCUCACCACAGGUAAAGCUUGAUUUAUCUCUGACCUACUCUGGGACCCCAGACCAGGAUGAAGCCCCCACGGAGGAUUCAUCUGCUCCAGACGUUGAAAAUGUGUUGGAAAAAGAAACCGAAGCAGCACCAAAGACAGACAGCUCUCCUCAAACACAAGAAGAAUCCAUCGAAGACCCAGAGGGAGCCACACUCGAUUUAAAAUCAGAACUGAAGGCCCUGAUUGAGAAAGAGGUCAGAGAGCAGAUGGUGCUCGUGUCUGGACAACUGGAUCAGCGAAUGAAAGACAUUGCAGAUCAGCACAACAAUGCACGAGAGUCACCACCCACAAGGCCAACAAAAUAAGCUCAAACAUUAGUUUUAUUAUCAAUAAAACAUUCUUUUUUUCAUAUACAGUACGUCAUAUCUGCAUUUGUACAAUUACUAUUACUUAGAGAGGCACUUUCCAAAAAAGUGCUACUUAUUAAACUGAAAAAUGAACUG